AUGUCGGUUUCGAUGUCCACGGUGGCCGGUCAAACAUCCACGUCCAUGACGUACCUUCUACUCAUACUUUUUGUUGGUUUUAUACUACCUCAACAAGGUGUACAUGCUCACGCGAGAGUGUUGACACAACGAGAUAAUAGCCCAACGGAUAUAUGCAAGAGAUGGUCUCAGCAGACAGCCAUAGUUAACGGAACACUUUACAUAUACGGCGGCCGAUCGACGACAGACGCCAACCAGAAGGAUAAGACCUGGAGUAUGGAUAGCCUUUCCCCCUACUUUCUACUAUAUGAUAACUUUCUUACUCUUGACCUAAAGUCAAGCUGGGGAAUUUCAGCGCCAAAGUUGACUGGGCUUCCUCGUGCUGAUAACGGCCCUCCUCCAGUCUCGAACGGAUAUCUGUGGAACUCUUAUAAAUCACUGUUUUUAUAUGGAGGAGAGUUUUCAGAUAAUCCUCCUACAGACCCAGUUGCUUUUAGUCUAUGGGAAUACAACAUCCCUUCGUCAUCUUGGAUAGAACACAAGUCCCCAAAGACUUCGUCGGGAGAAAACUCUGAUGCAGAAAAUAUACCGGUGCAACGGUCUGCAGAGGGUGCCGGUAUAAACGUCCCAGACCUAGGAAGAGGAUGGUACUUUGGUGGCCAUCUUGAUGGAUAUACCACCCAGGGCUGGUCGCAGUCGAUCCCAAGGGUGUAUCUUAAAUCGAUGAUCGAGUAUACCUUUCCAGGAUUCACCAACAGCGGGGUCAAGAUCAAUACAGACGAUAAGCGCGCAGGACCUGAUGGUGCUUGGCGAAAUAUCACAGAGGGAGGGCUACAGGACUCUGCAGGGUUCACUGAACGAGCUGAUGGAGUCCUCGUGUAUAUACCUGGAUUUGGUAAAGAGGGUAUCAUUCUCGGUCUGGCUGGUGGUACAAAUGCCACAUUUACUCAAAUGAAUGUCAUCGAUGUGUUUGACAUUGCAAGUUCAAAAUGGUACAAACAGGCGACGAGUGGGAAGACUCCAGACAUCAGAGUAAACCCGUGCGCAGUCGCUGCAUCGGCAGCUGACGGAAGUAGCACACAGGUUUACCUGUUUGGUGGACAAAACCUAAUACCUUAUGGAAGCCAGAUUCAGUAUAACGACAUGUGGAUUCUAUCGAUUCCUAGCUUUACCUGGAUACAGGCUGACACGGACGGCCAGUCUGUUCCUCCAGCCAGAGCUGGGCAUACGUGUAACAUCUGGAACUCCCAAAUUGUUGUCACGGGAGGUUACGUGGGACAAGAUCUAAGCUGUGAUAGCCCUGGGAUAUAUGUAUUUGAUGCGUCAGAAUUGACAUGGAACAAUCAAUAUACGUCCCUCGAGGGUGGGAAUGACUUAAACCAGCAAGCCUCGCAAACACGAGAUGGCAGUGGCCUCGGAGGCAGCUAUGGAUACCGGGUCCCCAAAGUGGUUCAAUCUGUGAUAGGGGGUGAUGAUACGGGAAAAGCGACCCAGACUGUCCCUGCUAUGGCACCAACGGAUGGACCUCUAGCGACCGGCCAACCGCUCACAUACACAGUCCUGCCAACUGCGACUUCAGGACCGCAUUCAGGCACUUCGGAUGGAGGCAGAAAUGGCCCCAAUAUCGCUGCAAUCAUCGCGGGCGUUAUCGCCGGAUGCCUUGGGAUAUUAGCCAUAUACCUUGGUUUCGUAACCUGGCUCUAUCGCCGACGAUUAGCAAUCUAUAAGAACCAUCUUGCCGCCACGCAGCGUUCUUCAGUCGGAAGCGGAUAUGGAGACAAAAUCUCAUCUUUUCCGCCACGGUAUUCAGACCACACGAGCAGCGCUGGGCUUGGGACAACUGGCUCAAGUGGUAACUUAACUGUGACUACUGCGGCGACGGCUGCAGCGCGUAUGUCCUGGGUUGGCGGAGAUUAUCACCAGCACAAGCAUACGAGAAGCAACAGUGGUGGAAAUUUAGACUAUAUUGGACAGCCAGGGCCAUCUGCUAGCAGUAGUGUAGAAGAUCUACUCGCUGGACAAGAACCGACAUUCUUAGGUGUCAUGUUGAAUCCCCGGCAAACGUUGAGGGUUAUAAACCAGUGA